UUGUUGUUUGAAUCACUCCUUCAAAAUCCAACAAAAACAUAUAAUUUGCGAAAUUAUGAUGUUGUUUUACUUCCUUCCUAGUACAUGCUCUUCCUCUUGAAAACACUCAUUACAGAAAACGUGAAAUGGAAGCCGAUUCGAAUGCCACCACCAUAACCAUAAACGUCAAGUUCAAUGGCGUCAACAUACCCGUCUCAAUUUCACCCAACUCUACCAUCAAAGACCUCAAGUCCCUUCUUCUACCUUCCACCAAUGUCCUCCCUCGGGGCCAGAAACUCAUCUUCAAAGGUAAGGUUUUGGAAGACCCCGUCACUUUGACUGCAUCCAACUUGACUAAUGGAUCCAAACUCAUGCUUGUGGCUUCUCAAGGUUUAUAUCAAGGGGAUGGACCCAUCUUGAAGAAAGCUAAUGUUGUUCCCAAAUCGAGGAAAGAUAGUCACUCAGGCUCUAGCAAUGAUGUGAAGAAAAUUCCUGUCAAGAACAGGAUGGAACGGUGGAAAGCAACAGGAGUUGUAGCAUUGUCUGAAAGCAACUUGGAGGCCAUACCUGAAGAAGUGUGGGUUUGUGGAUCUUCUGUAAGAGUUCUAGAUUGCAACAACAAUUCAAUCAAAAGUGUCCCUGUCGAAAUUGCACGUCUUACAAGUCUAGAGAAACUAUUCAUGAAUUCAAAUGAGAUAGAGGAUGAAUCAAUCAAGUGGGAAGGACUAACAACUUUGAAGCACAUAACUGUAUUAACAUUGAACUAUAACAAUUUAACUACUUUGCCGUCUGCGCUUGGGUCACUUACCUCUUUGAAGGAGCUGCAUGUUUCCAAUAAUAAAUUGGGUGGCUUUCCUGAUGAAAUAGGGCAUUUGACUAAACUAGAAGUUUUGCAAGCCAACAACAAUAGGAUAAGUAUCAUCAGUGACACUAUUGGGAACUGCCAUUCUCUUGUUGAGGUUGAUUUCUCAUCAAAUUUUCUGUCAGAAUUGCCAGAGACAUUUAGUAGUUUGAAAAAUUUGAAGGCACUGUAUCUUAGUAACAAUGCCAUGAAAUCUCUUCCAUCAAAACUAUUCAAGACUUGUUUUCAACUCUCCACACUGGAUCUCCACAACACAGAAAUCACAAUUGAUCUCCUUCGCCAGUUUGAAGGAUGGGACAAUUUUGAUGAGCGACGGCGUUCAAAGCAUCAAAAACAAAUUGAUUUCCGGGUUGGAGUCUCUAGAGAUUUUGAUGAAGGUGCUGAUAAGAACUAAAAUUAUUUGUUAUAAACAAUGCAGUUCAUUCAGAUAGUAUUCAUGAAGUUCAUGUCUUUGGUGGCAAAUAGGAAAUUGGAAAUUUGUGAUACAAUGUUGGUUCAUUAAGAUUUCCUAUAAGUGACGAUAAAUACUUAAAUACUAAGGUUCUUUUGGAGAGAAAAAAAAAAUGGCUAAGUACCUUUAAAGAAGUUUUUGUAUUAAUGUCUCAUUUUUUCUGUUA